AUGGCUGACUCCAAAGCCCACGAUGCCAUUGCCCCGGCGGACGACUACCCCUCCACCGACGGCCCUGAAUCAGACAAUGCCAUGGCAAAAAUUAUCCAGAAAGCCCGGGCGGCCACGGAGAAGGAACGAAAGAUGGGUAUCUGGAAGGGCAUAAAGAUUUAUCCCAAGGCUGUUGCGUGGAGUAUCCUUAUUUCGACCUGCAUUGCUAUGGAGGGGUACGAUAUCAGCUUGGUGAACAAUUUCUAUGCUUUUCCUCAAUUCAAUCGCAAAUACGGCGAGCUUCAGGGUGAUGGGUCAUACCAGGUGCCAGCACGGUGGCAAUCCGGAUUGAGCAACGGUGCCUACGUCGGCGAAAUCAUCGGUCUAUUCAUCAACGGUUACGCCUCGGAACGAUUUGGAUACCGGUACACCCUUAUGGCUUGUCUGGUAUUGGUGACUGCAUGGACGGCAAUCUUUUUCACGGCCCAGAACGUGCAGUCUCUACUAGCAGCAGAGAUCCUGUGCGGUAUUCCCUGGGGUGUGUUCCAGACGUUGACUAUCACCUAUGCCUCGGAGGUCUGCCCGGUCUCUCUGCGAGGUUAUCUGACCACAUACGUCAACUUCUGCUGGGGACUGGGUCAGCUCAUUGGAAUCGGUGUGAUUAAGGGUAUGCUCAAUCGUAAUGAUGAGUGGGCAUACCGUAUCCCCUACGGACUGCAGUGGAUGUGGCCUCUGCCUCUCUUCAUUGCAAUCACGUUAGCACCUGAGUCACCUUGGUGGUUGGUUCGUCGAGGACGUACCGAUGAUGCGAAGCGGUCAUUGGAACGGUUGACGAACAAGGAACUCCAGGACGAUUUCGAUGCGGACGAGACGAUUGCCAUGAUGGUGCAUACGACUGCCCUCGAGGCCAAGAUCACCAGCGGAGCGAGUUACUUGGAUUGCUUCCGGGGUACCGAUCGGCGCCGAACGGAGAUCGUCUGUAUGGUCUGGGCGAUCCAAAACCUGAGCGGAAACUCGUUCUCCAACUACUCGACGUAUUUCCUUGAACAAGCUGGACUCAGCUCCUCUAACUCCUACUCCUUCGCAAUGGGACAGUACGGUAUCAACAUGGUUGGUGUUUUUGGCGCCUGGUUCUUGAUGACUCUCGGUAUUGGCAGACGAACACUUUGUCUGUAUGGCUUGUGCGGACUCUGCGCCAUGUUGUUGAUCAUGGGUUUCCUUGGACUUGUACCUGAUUCGCACCGCGACCAGGCUUCGCUUGCCACCGGCUCUCUGAUGCUAUGCUGGGCCCUGUUCUACCAACUUACCGUCGGAACUGUCUGUUACUCGAUUGUGGCCGAAAUGUCAACUCGUCGGCUACAGAUCAAGACCGUCGUUCUCGGUCGUUGUCUGUACAACAUUGUCGCCGUUGUCUGUGGUGUCCUCACGCCCUAUAUGCUCAACCCCACCGCUUGGGACUGGGGAAAUUAUACGGGUUUCUUCUGGGGUGGUAUCUGCUUCCUGUGUAUCAUCUACACGUACUUCCGCGUGCCCGAGCCCAUGGGCCGUUCGUUUGCCGAGUUGGAUAUGCUCUUUGAGCAGAAGACCAGUGCUCGCAAGUUUGCCGAUACGGAGGUGGAUGUUUUUGGCGAGAACAUCGAGACCGAGGUCAUCGACAACUACGCGGAUCAGAAGAAUGCACCCCGGACCGAGCCUGGUGAGGCCGAAAAGAAUGCCUCGAUUUAA